AUGGAGUCGGCUCCGAGGCCACCCUCUCCGCCUACCUUUAGAUCCCGGGUUAAGCGGUAUACGGAAGACACCCGGAACGUAGCGGCAUGGCUUCGCCAGACCGCUGUGAAAUGUGGAUACGCCACCAGCACCGCAUCAACGAGCGUAAAAUCUUCCAAUGGAAAGAAAGGCGAAUAUCUCAUCAAGACGUCGGAGUUUAUUCCCAUGGCUGAGGCCAUCGCGGCGCACAAACCUCAGCCUACGAUUCCGCAAGAUGUGAUGGCGACAAUUUCUCGAGCUAUCAGGUUACGCCGUAGAGAGACCCGGUACGUCAUGUCAGUUGGCGCCAAAGGCAGACGAAGUCAGCUCGAAGACAGCACACAUACCCAUUUCACAGAGAGGGUUCUGGGCAAGGUUCGAGACGUGCUGCGACUAACAAGCGAAUCUUCUGCAACUGGACAACAGACAGAUACCAUACCGUCACUCAGCGAUAGGCUUGCUUCGUUGUCGACAUCUGACACCGACGAAGCCGACUCUAUCAGUGAAGAGCCUUUCAAGAACCUUACACCUGUACACAUCGACUUCGACGACAAGGAAGUUGAGGACGAGUUCUGGCUGGCCAUCGAUGUUUUCCUAGAGGACUUGUUCUUCGUUCGUCAAUAUGUAAAGGACAUAUGGACUACAUACAAGGAAUCCGCACUGGAAAACACUGUUUGCUCGCUGUUGACGAAUACAGCAAUAGACGUCGUCCGUCUAGCUGAGAAGGAAUUCGAUCGGUUAGUCAAGCGCCCGAAAAGAUUUCCGGUAGACGUGUUCCCUGUCUGGACAUUGCCGUCGCUGUUGUUCUACAAGCGGACUCCUACGCUCGAGGAAGAAUUCACGUACGAAGAAUUUGCAUCUUUGACACCGAUUCAGCUUGGUCGUAAGGAUGCUGAGGACCAGAGCGACUUUGCGUUGUUCUCGGUCUUAUCAGGGCUCAAAUGGUAUCUUUGUGCCAUUCCUGAACAGGCAGACUUAACCGAACUUGACCCUGCCCCUGGCAAGAUUGGCCCAGGCUUCUUUGAGAAACACGGCGAGAACUGGCACCCGCAUCUGCCAAGGAUUGUUGAGAUGUGCCACCUGAUGUAUUUGCAAGUUUGGGCAAAGUUGCCUCUGCCGUCAGAAGGUAAAUUCGACAGAAUUGCCGAAGACGAAAUUGCGAGAGGAGUGCGCUAUAUGGUGGAACAAAAACAGAUUCCAAUCUGGGUACAGUUCGCUUCACAGAUUUAUAUCGACAUACAAGACGUGCUAGGCGAUCGUUUAGAUGCGCCACUGAAGGAGCUCCGGACUUACGUGCAGGGGUUCAAUACGAUUGUGAACAAAUUUCCGGAAGCCAACGCCGGGGUCAACAAAUACGAGUCUGAUCCUGGAAUCCGAGAAGCAGCCGCCAAGAUCAUCAAUCAAUUGAAGCUGAGGAAAGAAACGCUCGAUGUUUGGUUUACGAAGGACGUGGUUACCCUGCCUGUGAAAAGAGGCCAGCAACCUUAUCUAUCCAGAUUCAAGCAUGAGAAUCACGUACUACUACGUCGGCAUCCAGUAGGUUGCGGGGUGCUCCAGUACAACAUGUUCGAGGAUCUACACGAGCAAGGUCUUCAGCUUGAGUGGGCUACGGACUGUAUUCGACCUAUGAUAUACCUCUAUGCAGCUACUCAGUUGCUGUCUAGAGAUUACCCGACAUGGCCCGAUAUGGAAUUGCUCAUUCUCCGCCAGGAUCCAAAGCGGCUGUUUGGUGGCAAAGAAAGACCAACAAACUACCACACGAUCUUGGACUGUUAUCAUCAGGCGACUGGCAUGCCCACCACACCGCUACUACUAAUCGACCCUAGUAUGCUGACCAAUAUCUUCAUGGAUCGCUUCGAUCAUAAAGUAAGCGACAGCCGACGGAUUGAUUCGGUAGUUUCCAAAUGGGCAAAACUGAUGAGCAGCGAAGAAGGCAUGAAGCGUCUACUUCGUCAAACAAACGUCGAUCCAUCGGGAAACGCUGCUGCCAUACAAUCACUACAGAAGCAAGCCAAGAACAACAAACCGGACGGGAUCCUUAGCCGGUUGAGCCCGUGCAUAGAGGCGGAUGCUAUUGAUUUACACUUUGAUUGGCUGACUUUGCAUAACACGUGCGCUCGUAUAUGGACAAGGCUAUACCCCAAGCUCGCAAGUUCGUUUGGCAAAGGCGUGCUAUCAUUUGACCCAAACAAGUUUCGCUACUCUUGGCACCCGCAGACGAGUCUUGUUGCGCAAAUACUGCAAGAGGCUGUGUAUGCAUACGAUAUCGCCCAAAAUAUGGAACUGAGAGAUAGCUCGCAUGCUUAUGGAACCGGCAUUCGAGACGCCGCUUCUGUUAUACAGGAGAUGAUAAAGAGGCCCAUGAGCUCUUCGCCACAUGGACAGAUCAUGACCAGCGAUUGUGCUAUUGCUAGGACGAUGAAUCAGGCAUCUCAGCAAGGUGUAUACUAUCCAGGCAUGUUCUACGAAAGGCGUGGGCCGAUGAAUAUCAACAAACUGUACCGAGGCUGGGACAACAAGAUAUUGCGGGGUCUUUAUUCGACAAAAUUGGUCAAACUUUCGGAUGCGAGGUACAAAGAUUUGGUGGCAAGGAGAGAGGUCGAGCUUCGCAAGCAACACGAAAGGCUGAUGGAGGAAUUUUUGCAAGCUGUUGAAGUGGUGCGGCGUGGGCAAGUUGAUGUAGAGGAUCUCUGGAAAGCCGAACAUAUGAAGCCUGAGCAAGCUGAACAGAUGAUGUCUUGGCAAGCUGAGCAAGCUGAGCAGGAAGAGUCGGGGCAGAGUUCAAAGGCGCCGAAACCCGCCAAGAAGAAGCCGAAGAAAAAGAAGGGCAAAGGUACAACCUUUUGA